UUGAUAAAUGUUAUCAGGUUUUUGAUUUACCGGUAAGUGUUUCUACUUCGCGAAGUUAAUGUUUUUUUUAAAAAAACUGCCAACAUUUUCUACGAUACAACCUGCCAAGUCAAUACGCACUAUGUCAUCAUCAGUAUUACAGAAGAUUCCCAAUGUGGGUAUUGAUAAUAGAGGCCGUUACAAGUAUAUUUUGAUUAAGGUGGUGGAUCAAAAUGACUCUUCUAACCAAUUUAAAUAUGUUGUACGUGGAGGUCGAGCUUUCGAAUAUCAUGCCGACAUUUACGAUAACUUCAAGAAAUGCGUUAAACCCGAUGAUCUGAAUGUCACGACCAACAUUUUGGGAGGUGGUUGGUUGGAACACGGACAAAACUCCAUAAUCGUCGAAGGCGCAUCAGUCCAAUAUGGACCGGCCGAUCAUUCGAUUUCGGCAAGUGUUUUGGAAAAAGCUUACCCGAACUACAAAAUUACACACAACGACGAAUGAAAAUAAUGACAAGACAGCAAUGAUGUAAUAUUAAUAAUAUGUUUGUCAUAAUUAAAUUUAAUGGUUUGAAUAUAAGCUUACUUACUUU